UUACUGUAGUGUUCAUCAAGGGCAAAGGAAAGGGCAAAAGCCUCGACCUUUAUAAUUCAUUAGAUGCAACCAAACGAUUUUUUGGGAGCUCUUGAAGAAGGCAAUGGCUUCUCUGUUCAAGGACCCAGCUAAGCUUUCAGCGUACCGUGACAGAAGAUUCAAUGGCACUCAAGAGGAAUUCGAGCAAACACUCCUCAAUUCGACCACCGUCUAUAUUGGAAACAUGUCUUUUUACACUACCGAAGAACAAGUUUACGAGCUUUUCUCCAGAGCCGGUGAAAUUAAGAAAAUAAUCAUGGGCCUUGACAAGAACUCUAAAACACCUUGUGGAUUUUGCUUCGUCUUGUAUUAUUCUAGGGAAGAUGCAGAGGAUGCUGUUAAAUAUAUUAGCGGGACUAUUCUUGACGACCGCCCGAUUCGUGUAGAUUUCGAUUGGGGAUUUGUUGAAGGAAGGCAAUGGGGCCGUGGUCGAAGCGGCGGCCAAGUACGAGAUGAAUAUCGAACUGAUUACGAUCCUGGUAGAGGUGGCUAUGGAAAAUUAGUUCAAAGAGAGUUGGAAGCACAAAGGCAGCUUGUAGAUUAUGGUGCUGGGUCCUUGGGCUCUUUCCCACCUGUUAUGGCCCCUCAGUAUGGAAGGCAUGGUGGUCCUUAUCGUCAUGGGAGAGCAGAUUACCAUCGGAAGCGACACCGAGAGGAUGACCGCUAUUUACGCGAGUCCUCAAAGAGAUCCACGGAUCAUGAAUCCAGGAGAGCCUCUGACCAUGACUCUAGACCGGAGAAGAAUCCACGUUUCCGGGAGAGUGGUGAUUCUGAUGAUGAAGAAGAAGAUGAUCGUAAGCAACGGCCUUAACGGAUAAUUUAUGUCUUACGAAGUGUAAUAUCCGGGUGAGGAAUUGUUGGUAUUUUCAUGCAGUUGUAAGAGGUGCUCCAGAUGUAGAACGUUUAGGGUUUUCAUGCUACAAUAUAACACCAAAUGGUGCUGCUUUUGCGCUUGACUUGUGAUUUUGGGCAGUAUGCUGCAACCGUCUUAGAUGUUGGUUUUAGGCAUUUGUUGUAUGUUUAAAGUUAAGUAAUGAAUUUUCUCUCUUUGCAACUAAUGUGAUUUCUUUUUGUUAU